AUGAUCACAAACGGGGAAAAGUACGCCUGCGAGAGCUGUAUUCGCGGCCACCGUGUCGCCCAGUGCCAGCAUACGGAUCGCCCGCUUCAAAGAGUCGGAAAAAAGGGCCGCCCGGUAUCGCAGUGCAAUCACUGUCGCACUCUUCGAACCUCAAGAUCAGUUCAUACCAAUUGCAAAUGCGGCUCGACUUCUCGUCAGGCCACACUCAAGCAGUUCGGCCAAGAGCGAUGCCUCUGCUGUGAGGGCGGCGACUGCACCUGCGCCUACAAGACUGGUCAGAAGAAGCACUGCGGGUCAUCUACAUCCUCACCUUCAGCCAUCUCCAAUCAGAGAAGUCCCGGGAUCGCCCUCAGCCCUACUCUAUCAGACUCAACGGCCAGCAUGGCAAUACCUCAUGAUAUUCCCGACAGCGACGGCACAUAUCCCGCACUAACCCAUGUUGACCUGAGUAACCAACCUUCCGAAACUGUCCCUGACACGUGGCCAACGCCACCAGACAAUGGUCCCCAUCUCGUGAUACCUGAAACACCAGAUUGGCUCGGGGCAUUGGAUUCAGUUCUGGGGCCAGUACCAGACGAACAGACGCAAUUCUCCAUGUCGGCCUUGAAUGAUCCAUUGUUGCCAAUGGACUCUUCUUACCUGGCUGAUUUCUUGAGUGAUCUGCCACAAACCGAACAGCCCAACAAUGCCGAUCCUAUUCCCACAUUUGAUCCGGCCCUGUUGGAUUUGACGUUGUUCAAUUUUGACAACCAUGAGCAAUCACCGCGUCAGUCUUGA